GUUUCGUUGCGGAGAACCAUCAGUAUUUUACAGUUUGUCUAAUCAAACACAACUUAAUCCAAAAUGGCUCGUACCAAGCAAACAGCACGCAAGUCUACCGGAGGAAAGGCUCCCAGGAAGCAGUUAGCAACCAAAGCAGCCCGAAAGAGCGCACCAGCUACCGGAGGAGUGAAGAAACCCCAUCGUUACCGUCCGGGAACCGUCGCUCUCCGUGAAAUCCGUCGUUACCAAAAGAGCACCGAGCUGUUGAUCCGCAAAUUGCCGUUCCAACGUCUGGUGCGUGAAAUCGCACAGGACUUCAAGACCGACUUGCGAUUCCAGAGCUCCGCCGUCAUGGCGUUGCAGGAAGCCAGCGAAGCGUAUUUGGUCGGUCUGUUCGAAGACACCAACUUGUGCGCCAUUCACGCCAAACGUGUCACGAUCAUGCCAAAAGACAUCCAAUUGGCGCGUCGUAUCCGUGGAGAACGUGCUUAAUUUCAUAAUAAUAAAUCCCAUUUAAAAGGGCCCUUUUCAGGGCCACAAACUUAAAAUUCUGAUACUAAAUGAAUAAUGUAUUAUUAAAUGUAUUUAUUAAAAUUAAUUGCAAAUAAAAAACUAUUUUAAUAUUAUUAAA